AAGCUUAAAACCCAUCAAAUAUAUAUUAAACUAUCUCUACUUCUCUCUCUUGCUUUUCCAUUUUUUCAUUUGUUUUUGGGUUUUCAAAAUUAAUGGCUAUUAUGAGGCAUAAAGCUCGACAAAGCUAAAAGCACAAGGAGGAAGAGGAAGAGGAAGAGGAGGAGGAACAUUUUGUUGAGUUGCCCAAUGCUUUCUUUUUGAGCUUUCAUACAAUGGCUGAUGAUCUCUGUUCUUUCAAGGAUAUAUUUCUUAUAAAGGCGCCCAAGAAAUCUCCGUUGGUGCUGAGGAUGAUUGUCUUGUUGUUUGCAAUGGUGAUUCAAAAGCCAUGCCCACGACCUGAUGUUGAGCCGGAGGAAGUUCCUUAUGUGCACUACCCAAAGCCCAUAACGUAUAGCCGGGCUGAAUGUGCAUGCAAUCCUGUGCGAUAUUUCGCAAUUUUGUCGAUGCAGAGGUCUGGUAGUGGGUGGUUUGAGACGCUAUUGAAUAAUCAUACUAACAUAAGCUCAAAUGGGGAGAUUUUCUCUGUUAAAGUUAGGAGAAGUAAUGCCUCAACAAUCGUUGAGACUUUGGACAGACUUUAUAAUCUAGAUUGGUUCAGUAGUGCCUCAAAGAAUGAGUGCACAGCUGCAGUUGGCUUAAAGUGGAUGCUUAAUCAGGUGAGUGCUUUUUCAUGCAUUUUUUAUUUUAUUUUUAAAUUUCUGUUAUUUAGCUAUCCGCUGGUUUUAUG